GUCGAACAUGUCAAUGUCAAAUUUGCACAAAUAGUAAAUAAAAAAUAUAAAUAAUGGAAGAUAAUUUUUUAAAUUUUGAGAAGAUAUGCAGAGUAUGUUUAAAUGAAGGAAUAAUGAUGUCUAUUUUUAAAGUAAAUAUAUCAAAAAAAUUAAUGUCGUGCGCCUCUAUACAGGUUUGGCAGAAUGAUGGUUUACCUACUCAAAUAUGCAACAAAUGUUCCGCCAAGCUCCACAUAUCAUUUCAAUUCAAGAAACUGUGCGAAAAAUCAGAUUCAAGACUUCGCCAGUACUUGAAAAAAAUAUCGGAAAAGCCUACUAAACCUCCAACUGAGACACCUGUACGAAUUCAAGAAACACCAAAAAAUCUUCAAAUCAAUCUUCCCCAAUAUGCACAGACCGUGCCUGAAAACAACUGUGUGUACAUUGAAUGCAAUCCCUUAACUGAAAAUCUUCCACAAGAGAAUAAUUUUAUUCCUAUAACUCAGACUGAUCAACCUCAAAUAACGCAAAUUGAUUAUAAUCAGCUUGGUACUUUUAAUGUGGAAUGUGUAGGAACAGUUCAGGUUUAUAAUGGUCCUUAUUCCAUGCCAUUACAACAUUCAGCAGUACUACAUAAUAAUGCAGAAAUGGCUCCUGUACAGAUACAGCGACAACCUCAAGUACAGUUUUUAGAACAACCUGAAUUACAAAUUUCUAAUGAAAUAAAUGUUAAAAAAGAAGAGGAUAAAAACAAUAAGAUUGAAGUCAUAUUAAAUUCAACAAAACAGUGUUCAACAUGUAAUAAGGUAUUUGGAAAUACAACAAAACUCACCAGGCAUAUGAAAACUCAUUCCUCUGACUUACCUUACAAAUGCAAAAUAUGUAAUAAGGGAUUUGCACAUAGCGGUAAUUUCAAAAUUCACUUAAGAACCCAUACAGGAGAGCGCCCUUUUAGGUGUGUUGUAUGUGAUAAAGGUUGUAGACAGGCUCAAGAUUUAGAAAAACACAUGAGAACACAUACAGGUGAAAGACCACACAAAUGCCUUAUGUGUCCCAAAGCUUUUUCAACAAGGUCCAAUUUAAUAGCUCAUAUUAGGAUUCAUACGGGAGAACGUCCCUAUGUUUGUUGUGUUUGUCAAAAAUCUUUCUGCCAAUCCAACGAAUUGACCAAACACAUGAGAACACACACUGGAGAGAAGUCUCAUAUUUGUGAUAUUUGCAAUAAAGGUUUCAAUGGUUCUAGUACAUUAAUAGUUCAUAGAAGAUCCCAUACAGGUGAACGUCCCUAUGUCUGUUUAGUCUGCAGCAAGGCCUUUACUCAAAACAGUUGUUUAGGAGCUCAUAUGAAACGUCACAACGAAAAGAAAUCUAAAGAAGCAACGGAACAAUUAAAUACUACGCAGGAAGCGAAAGAAAAUUUUAGUUGUAAUUUUUGUAAUAGUAGUUUUGAAACGACUUCAGAGUAUUCAAUUCAUCUUAAAUCUCAUUCGCCGAGCGAAGAUAGAUAACAAUUAUGGUAAAAAGAGUAUUUAGAGGUAAAUUAUUUUUACAUUUCAUGUGGAGAUAUUCAUGGCGAUUCAUCUCAAAAAGUAUUAAUACACUAGCAACGAUAUAGAUGUUUGCAUUGGUGUAGAAGAUCAUAAUUCGAGAUACUCCAUUUUUUCUUCAAAAAUAAUUUGAUAUAUGUUACGAUUGCGUGUUUUUGGAUCUAUACAUUCACAGUAGGUACUGAGAUUAUAGAUAUUGUAUUACAUUAGAGUGGAUGCACCAGGAACCAGUAGAAAAUACAACAGCCUUACGUGAUCAAUUUUUGGUGAUAUUACUUUAUUCGUUAAUUCACCUUUUAAACUCUUAAACGACCCUUUCAGUUAAGAAACUUAAAAAAAAACUUCCACUCAUGUCCCGCUCCAAUUCCUGCAAAACCGAACUCAUCUAAUCAUUAAAAAUUGACUUACUUUUUAACCACAGCAUUUAUCUAAAAAAUUCUUGUAUAAUUCGCCCUUCCACUGUUGUACGGUAGUGGAAAGCUUAUAUUAUUAGUUAUCAACACCUUUUUCUUAAUUUUUAUUAAAAAAUGUUUACGCUUGAAGCAAAAAUACAAGUUUUAAAGCACUAUUUUGGGAAUCACUCGAUUCAAUAGGUUUGUUUCAACCAGUGAGGUGGUAAGAGAUGUAGACGACAUCACGUUAUAUAAGUAACAUCACUUCCGACAUUUUGUAUAAAAUUUUGACAGUUAUGAUUAUAUAUUUAUUUUAAAUUACUGUCGUUUUUAGGCACAGCUUUCCAUUUGGUUUGUUUUGCUAUCUGCAUUUCUAUAUGCUCCACGUUUUGUACCAUUACAACUAAUCAAUACAAGUGAAUAAAUUGAUAUACCAUUUACAUUAAAAAACGUUAAUAUUCUAUCUUAAAUGUUUACUACACAUCCAGACGAAUCCUUAAUGUCCCAGGUAAACGCAAUUAGGCGUAACAUUUAUUACCUUUUUUUAAUUUGUGUUCUGGUCUUGUCUUUCUUCUUUUAAAAUAACAAGCUUUGCACUGCAACAAAUACCUGCAUAAUGUUUUUCACAUUCUUAGUAUCGAUCGAUAACGUUUCUUGCAUUCGUCUGGCCCCACGUUGGGCGCCAAAUUUGUAGUCAUAAGCACCUACGUAUAUAAGGGGGGCCCAGACUCUCUUUGGCCUAAGCAACAACGCGAUUAUUGGCCGAAUAUCCACCUUUUAAAAUCCGCGAAUCCCUCUAACGCAAAUUACAACACAAAAAAUAACUUUUCAUAGAACUAAAUCUGUGAAUUCGAAAUCAAAUUAUUCAAAAUUUUCCGGGGUAAGACUUCAGACAGUUAUGUGUCAAUCCCUUAAAAUGUUUUAAAUACGUCCCUGGUCAUAAGGGCAGUAAUAACGCGUUGGGUGUCAAAUUUGUAGCGAUAUAUGAUAUAUUUACAGUAUACGUGUUUAAAGCUCUUUUAUAAGGAUCGUGAUAUUGACAUUAGGAUUAAUAUAACAAGUAAAUAUGGAAAUACAUUAAUAAUUAAACUAUGAGAAACCAAAGUAAGUGCUUUAGAUAAGGUAAGAACAAACUCUAAUUUGCCAAAGUUUUAAAGCUUUUAAACUUUUAUAUCAACCGAAUUAAGUUACUACAGGAAAAUUAUAUAAAUUACUUUUGGGCUUUGGUUGGGUGAUUAGGUAGGAUGUUCUCGUCGGUUUCCAGUUAGUCCUUAAGCCUCAUUGUCACUGCACCUGUUUUCGACAUCUUUUUUCCAUAUCAGGCUUCUGUUUCCCCAGUCCAAUAUAUCUUCUUCUUUAGGUACAUUAACAAACAUCAAAUUCACAGCUCAACAAACAUCUAUUCAUGAUUUCACUUAUUGUAUGUCGCAACCCUUUAGACAUACUAACCCUUAUCACCGACAAUUUAUUUUAAAUUCAAUUCAAAGCCUAAUAGUUUUCUUUUGGCAAAUCACAAAACCAUGACACGGAUUAGACAUAUGACCUUAGAGGUGAAAGAAAAAUAAUGGUAUCGUAGAUAUACGGUUACACAAGACGAAGAGCCUGUAAGAAAGCAGAAGAAAUAAAUGCAGCUGUUCUGUCUGAGAUUCCGCGAUCAUUGCAUUCUCUGACAAAAGUGGAAAGCUUGUGUCUUAUUUGAGCUCUUAAAUCUGUCUGGGAAGCAGAAGAAGGUUUGAGAUCGAAAAUAUAAGAAAAUUUUAAUUUUCUUCUUGUUCUUGUUCUUUAUAGGUUUGUUCGUAGAGACAGUUUCAAACGUUUGGUGAUACUUUUAUGAUGCGCAUGCGUGAUUUCCAACGGUUUGGGAUUUAUUGUAAUUUUUAUGCUCUGCGAACGCAUUUUGUAGAGUUGUGGAUUCAUCUCUCUUUUCUCGUAUGUUAGAUACAGAUUUAGUAAACGGACAAAAAUAAAGAAGAAAUUUGAAUUUUGACGUUGUAUGAGUCACAGAAUGACCGCGUAUCUAUUUUAGUUAUGAAUUGCACCCCAUUUUAUCAAUAAUAUUUUACUUUUAUUACCUGUUUUGAAUCCUUCCUUCAUGUUUUGAAGUUAAAGGCUGAUAUUUUAUCAUCAUAAUGGAUGGUCUUAUGUAUGCAUAUUUUAUUAAAUUUUAUGUAUGUAUAUUAAUUACACUUAUAAAGAACAACUAAUCAAAUCAACAAAAGCGCGGACGAAUGAUAAACACAUAAAUUUCACGCCAAACAAGCGUCAAAUUUAGGUUAUUAAACGUAUUUCAUGUGCGCAUGUCCCGGAUUUAAAAUCUGGAGAAUAGUCAGAAAUUUUUCCAACCGUUUCCAAUCAGAUAGAAAUCACAUCAUUUGUUUCUACGAACGCCAAACUAACAAUUGGAAACUAUCAGUGAUUCUUCUACGAACGCAAAAUAUUCAAUGCACAUGCGCUGUUCAGUUGGAAACGGUUGUGGAUCGCUCUACGAACAAACCUUAUAUUCCUCCUCCUUUCCUUGUACCUAUUUCUCUUCUCCUUUGGACGAAGUACUAUUUCCCAAAUCAUCCAACUCAUUUAUUCCUUUGGAGCUCACUUCGUUUCUGUUCCAGUCUUGUUUCUAUGUGCUCGGCUGUCAAAAAAAGUAACAACUAUUUUAUUUCGUACAUAUUUGACAAAUCAUAUGUAUAUUCACUAGUUUCUAGUCGGUGUUUAAACAAAUAAUAAUUCAGAGUUGAUUCGAAAUAUUUCGACGCAGUUGGUUUGUAAUAUUAUUAUGUUGGUAUCGAACGAAAUUCGAGGAUAAGUUUAUGUGCGAUAUGAUAUAUUAUAAACCAACACAACUUUUAUUCCCAUUGCAAAUUAACAUUGAUCUAGAAUCAGAAGAAUAAAAUAUACAACAAGAAGACGAAGCAAUGACUUCUCGAAGGGUGGCGGCUUGGUCGCCAACAGAAAAUAUCAACCCUGACCGGCAUAGAUUCCAAUGGCGAUGACACAGCUCAAAUUAUUGUACGUUGAGGAUACGAGAAAAGACUUUGUUGUAAUUGUUGUUCAAUAUAUUAAUACGCAGUAAAUCACUUAUAUAACGUUUAUUUAAUAAAGACAAUGAAUAUUCAAACGGCGUUCUAAUUAUUAUUAAUACCAGAGACAACCAUUCUUUAUCAUCUACAUCAGAGACACAGGACCAACCUUCUUCGUCUCUUUUGACAUCUGACAUUACAUUUAUCUUAGAUCGUCAAUAACUAGACUUGAAUUUAAUAUAAGGUAAAAGGAAAGCAUUACUUAUGAAUAAAAUGGGUUUAUAACAACAAGAAAAGACUUAAAAAUGAUAGAAGACAAAGACAAACACGUUGGACGUUAGGUUAACCUCGAAUGUGGAUCAAUACCAACAUAAUAAUAUUAGAAACCAACUAUUGUUUUGACGUCACGUUCGAAUAUUCCGAAUAUGGAGGGUAGAGGAAAGGAGAACAAUCUCUGUAUACAAAAAGUGUCCCUCAAAAUGUAUACAAUUAAGAUGGCGCUUCUGUGCCCAGGGGACGUCGAUAGUCGAUAAUUCAGAUCACACAAUGACACCAAUGAUGUAUAUAGUAAUAAAUAUUGCUCAACCACAAAAAACUAAAAACUACACCGUGAAAAGUUACUGAUCGUAGAAGAGUAAGUGUUCUGUGAUCGUAGAUAAAUUUUGACAAUACACGACAAUAGUCAAAUUUUAUUGAAAAAUAAUAUAAACAAUAAAUAAUUCUAAUAUUAAAAUGGCACGGAGGUCUCAAUUUACUGCUUCCUGUCUGAUUUCAUUAUGAAUGAGCAAUCUAUAUGACUAUAUAUUAAUGGAUUUUGUCCCCUGGCUACACGAGCGCCAUCUUAAUUGUAUACAUUUUGGUGGCCACUUUUUAAUAUAAAGAUCCAUAUAAGAUUGUCCUCCUUUUCUCUACCCUCCAUAAUUCCGAAUCAACUCGGGAUCAUUUGUUUGGAAUACCGACUAGAAACUAUUUCUAGAUUCCCCAAUUUUUUAAAUUAAAAUUAACUAGUAUAAGAGAAAUGGCUUGGAACUAGAAGAAAAAACACGCAUAUCUGCUUAAACGGGUUUAGCGUCGUUACCAUUAUAUCGUUGUCAAUUUAUGUCAGAUAGGUAAAAAUAAGUACUGUAUUUGGCGUUUUUAACUUCCCUGGCCUAAUUAAAUCUGACAAAAUACGAGUAAUAUUUACUUAGGGUUAAUGAAAUUGUAACAGUAUUAAACAUAAUAAAAUGAGA